AUUUACGUCUACAGUGAAACGCAUGCAUGACCAAGACUGAAUAAUUCAGCGCAGCUGAUAAGAGCAGCAAAGUUUGUUAUGGUUGGUGUCAGUGUAGUCGUAAACAAAUCCAACGACAUUGAGUGAAAACUCGAGGUAGCCUAAAGGGGCCAAAGCAAUCCAGUCCAUUCGAAAAACAGGCGGUGGCGGGUGGCGGUUAAAACUUUCUUACGAACACAGGCGUUACCCACAUCCGUUCCUUGGAGAAGAAACGCGCUCACACGGGAUAGCAGCAGGCGAGUACUUCUAAGCGUGCUGCAGCCAAAGGAAUCGACAUGCCAAAGCCGGACCUUAUGUUAAUUGACUGGGGCAUCAAGCCCUCCGGAGUGUCCACCAUGAAAAUUGAAGCUCGCGCUUGGGACGGCACAACCAGAGGCAAGUUUUUCGUGACCGCGGACGUUAAGCGACGCAUCGACGCCACCCACAUACAGUGCGUCGACGGCUUGGCGUACGAGCUCGUCGGGGACUUCGACUACGACGGCGGCGCAAAGCACGGGCUACCGACCAGGAUUCUGGACAGCUUCGCGGAAGGCAUCCCCGAAGAAUGGGUUCAAGUGAUCACGGGUUGGUCAGAAGCUCUGUUCUGCGCCACCAGCAAGAAAAUCAACACCAACGUCCGUUCCUCGGACGAAAAUCGCUCUCACAUGGCAGAGCAGCAGGCGAGUACCUCUAAGCGUGCUGCAGCCAAAGGAAUCGACAUGCCAGAGCCGGACCGUAUGUUAAUUGACUGGGGCAUCAAGCCCUCCGGUGUGUCCACCAUGAAAAUUGAAGCUCGCGCUUGGGACGGCACAACCAGAGGCAAGUUUUUCGUGACCGCGGACGUUAAGCGACGCAUCGACGCCACCCACAUACAGUGCGUCGACGGCUUGGCGUACGAGCUCGUCGGUGACUUCGACUACGACGGCGGCGCAAAGCACGGGCUACCGACCAGGAUUCUGGACAGCUUCGCGGAAGGCAUCCCCGAAGAAUGGGUUCAAGUCAUCCCGGGUUGGUCAGAAGCUGUGUUCUGUGCCACCAGCAAGAAAAUCAACACCAACGUCCGUUCCUCUAACGAAAAGCGCUGUCACAUGGCAGAGCAGCAGGCGAGUACCUCGAAGCGUGCUGCAGCCAGGGAAAUGGACAUGCCAAAGCCAGACCGUAUGUUGAUUGAUUGGGGCAUCAAGCCCUCCGGUGUGUCCACCAUGCAAAUCGAAGCUUACGACUGGAACGGGACAUCAAGAGGUAACUUUCUCCGAACCUCUGAUGUACAGUUACGAAUCAGCAGCACACGUGUCCAAUGUGUCGACAGCCGCGUUUACGAGCUUGUUGGAAAGUUUGACCACUCGGUGGGGUACGAUGGUGGCAUUCCGACCAGGAUCCUCAACCAGUUCAUGUGCGGCGUGCCCAGAGAAUGGGUACGGGUCAUCACGGGUUGGUCGGAGGACGAGUAUUGCGAAGACAAAAGAUGCUCUAGUGGCUCGGAAGAGAACAACGAACCUGAAGCUACAACAUUACAUCAUUCCGCAACGACUAGUUGGUGUGCUGGUGCAGACAGCAAUGGUGUAGAACAACUUCACAGUUCGACAAUAAAGCUGAUCGAGGCUGGUCAUGGGAAAGGCAAAGGAGAACCCGCACUCAGUGACAGCGGGGCCAAGUCGCCCAAGUCACGAACCAGCACAGGCAGGGCCGAAAAAUGGCUAAAAGGGAAGCUCGAAACAGACUCUGCGACUGUAGAAGGGCAAGAACAAUCAAUUAAUACACCGGUUCAAAGGAGCAGGCAACUGCAGAAAGCUAUUCCACACCAAGGCAAUAAAACAUUGCAUCUAGAAGCAGUACAUGUCUCGUUUCAAGAUGAUGAUCGAAGUCAGUCCUCUUUUCAAAAGAACGGCCAUUCUCAACAAGCUCCACCAGUCACUGAUGUUCAGCCUUCGCUGCAACGACCAGGAGACGCAGAGAAAGCUAAAGAAUACAAAGUGCCGAGCGAAGGAAGGACGCAUCCUUUAAAUACCCGACAAGCAGACAAGAUCAGAACUCUAUCUCGACAGAUCAGCAAUCUUCCAAGUGCUCAAAAAGGUGACAGAAAUCCUCCGCCACGUCGAGAAGGUUUGCGUCCUCGGAAGCAUGAUAAAUGGAACCCGGUUCACAUUUUUCCGGAAGCUGGGCAUCCAAAGCAAGAGAAGCAACACGGAAGACAAAGGGUUUCGUCUCAAACGGACAUUCCUCAGCAGGAUGCACAACAUCCCAAGGAGAAUGAACCGCUUCAGAAAGCCAUGAGUCUAGACAGCAUAGAAACCUCUCCUCUACAAGCUGCAUGUCUCCGAACUUCCGAAGGAGAUGCCCAAAGUCAAUCUCAUCUUCGAGAGCAAACCAUUCUCCUGCCGAUCACUAACAUUCGGCCUUCGUUGCACAGUCCAGAGGAUGCCAAACAAGCCAAGGAACAGAGAACACUGGGCCAUGAAAACAUGCGUCCUCAGAACACGGAACCACAAGCAAACCAGGUCGGAGCUUUGUCUGGACGGGAUGCCAGACCCAAGAGGGCCCAGCAAAAGAAGCAAAAUCACCCACCGCGUCGAGAGGGCUUGCGUCCCCGGAAGGGUGAUAAAAAUAACCCGAAUCCAGAGUCUAGGAAAAGUGGACAUCCUCAACAAGAGGAGCAAGACUGCGGACAAGAGGCCUCAUCUCAAAAGAGUGUCCCUCCACGGAAUGCACGACCGCCCGUGGAGAGCGUACCACUCCCUCAGCAAGAACCAAAUGAAGAGCUGAUGCAUGCACAUCUGGCAGAAGGAAAUGAGAGGCAAGUCUCCAAGGGCCAGUGCACCAACCCGACUGUUGGCAGCGUGAAGGCACACCAUAGCGAAAUCCCGGUAAAUCCGUGGAACCCCUUACGGGUUCCCGUCGUGGUGUUGAAAAGAUUGGAUCCUGCAUGCUUGCAGGCGUAUUGUAAGCCCUUAGACAAGGUGUUUUCUGUUGGCAUUUCUUCGAUUUCUCCUUGUAUGGAUGGCGACAACAGCGCAGGUGUGGAGAAGAAGGCUAGCUCCAAGGGGACUCCAAAGAAUGCCGGGAGCCGAGGCGAGAGAACUGCUAGAGGGAGAUCCGUGGCCUCUGACGCAGGGCACAGAAAGGAAUCGGACUGCACAAAAGGCCAUCCUGCCCAACCCAAGAAACGGGGCAGACCCAAGAAACAGGGCAGGAGCAGGACCGAGGUGUCUACCACUGGAGACGAGGUGGGAGCAACCUGUUCAGGUCCAACAAACAGCAAGGCAGACAAGCGGAAACGAAGGAGACCACGGAAAAAUGCCGACUCGCAGCAAAAGGAAAACGCCACACCAACUGUCGCGAUCACUGCAAGAAAAGGAACCUUGAAGCGACGCCUCCAGGUCCGGAAAGCAAACGAGGCGAUCGCCGCCGCCGCCGUUACCGCUGCUGCCUCGGACGACAUCUUUGGGUCCUCUGCUCUGACAAUGAGCGGGGCCAUACCGCCGUUGUUGUUCCUUAAAAACAGCGCUGAAGAAUGGGAGGAUGCGGUGUGGGCGGCCGCUGACACCCCACACCUGGCUUCCUCCCUCAACAGCAGUCAAGGUCAGGUCAGCGGCUGCUCAAGCGUUAGCAGCAUGCCAUCGUCCCCGGAUUUGGCUACAUCAGACAAAAUCCUGCACUGUCUGAAGAAGUCGAUGAAGGCAGACGGAAAGAAGAGUUGUUGUUCUACUGCCACGCCGAAGGGAGUGGCAAGGAGGGGACCGGUUGGUGCGAAGAGGCUCCUGAAAGAGCUCCAAUUGCUGGAAGGUCAGCUGCAGAAGAAGGAAGAAAAGGAGACCCGCCAGCUGCAGUCUGACGAGGAGCAGGACUACUACAGCAGCGACAAUUCUUCCUCAGACCUUGUGUCCGGCAUCUGAGACACUUCCAACAAUGCGGCUCACUCGAGGACUAAUGUAUUUAUCCUUCUUUCGAUUUUAAGCUUUAAUAAACGAGUUUAA